CUCCACGCUCAGCACUGUGACAACCCAGGGGAUCACUGCCUCAAGUUCAACCUCCACAGCCACGGCACACACCUGGGCUAACACUACCACUGGCACAUCAGCAGGGACCAGCACAUCCACAGCUCUCACCAUGCCAGAACAGGCAGAUUCUUCUGCUGAGCCCUCCACAGCCCCGGUGGGCUUCACGACCACCUCCAUCAGCAGCACAGCGCCUCCCAGGAGCACUCUCACUCCCAGCCAGACACUGGAGAGCACAGCUGAGACCAGCUCUGGUAUCUCCACCAUAACUCUACAGAUAGAUGCCUUCAUACACAGCACUGCAACAACCCAGAUGACCACCACCACCACCCCAAGCCCAUCCUCUACAACCAUGGCAUCCACCUGGGCUGAGAUCACAUCAGCAGGGACCAGCACAGCCCCGGCUCCCACCACACCAUCACACACAGAUUCCUCAGCUGAGCCUUCCACAGCCCUGGUGAGCACCAGCACCACAGUGGUCCUCAGGAGCACCCUCACUCCCAGUUCACCACUGGAGAACACAGCUGAGAGCAGCCCCGCUGUACCCACCCUGACCGCAGGGACAUCCUUAACAAGCCCCAGUGCCACCACAGGGACCACAGCAGUGGGUGCGACGGUGCCAACGCCCACAGCGCCCCCCGUGUCGCUGCUCAGCACCGCAGCCCCCACUCCUGCCUCCAGCCCGGGCACAGAAACCCCCACCCCAGCGAUGCCCAGCACCGCCCCAGGGACCAGCAGUGCUCCCCUCACUUCAGCACACACAGCUGCACCUCCUGAGCCCUCUACAACCGUGGCAGACACCACCACCACCUCCAUCACCAGCACAGUGUUCCCCAGGAGCACCCCCAGUCCCAGCCCACCGCUGGGGAGCACCACUGAAACCAGCCCUGGUGUCUCCACACUGACCACGGAAACAUCUCCGGACACCUCGAUGACACCGCAGAGCCCCACUGCCACCCCAGGCACAGAGCCCUCCUCCCCCGACACCACCUCAGCACAGAGCCCGGAUGGCACCAUCAGCCCCUCCGCGGAGCUGCCACCAGCCUGCCCCAGCACCCCGAGCAAUGCCACGCAGGAUGGAUGGGGCACAACCAGAGCUGUGCCCGCUGCUCCCAGGUGCAUCCCAGCUCUUCCUCUCCAUGCGUCUCGCCACUCCUCUGGAUAUGGAGAACACCACAGUGCAGGAGCUGCUCCUGGCCAAGCUCCACAGGGACCUGCAGGCUGCCUUCCCAUGUGCCGGGCUUCUGCUGCAGUGGAGAGGGAAGAAGCUGAUCUGAGCCCAUCGCCGGAGGAUGCUGGGUGGGACUGAGCCAUCCCGCACCUCCUGUCCUUGUCCCUCUGGGUAACCCACACAGCCCCAUCUGCAUCCCCGCACCCCAGUACCCCUCUGUGCCUCGUUUUCUACCCCUUCCCACAGACACUGUGCAGCCCCAUAGCACCGAUGAUAAAGAAGGAGCCCUGCAGCCCCCCACCCUGCCCCAUUAUCACCAUGCAGCAGUGGCCCUGCUGGAAGCCAGGGUACACCAGGGGGCCCCAUCAGCCCCCAACCGCCCAAGAGCUGUGCGUGCCAUGGGGCCAUGGAAAUCCUGUGGGCUGAGCUCCUUCCCUGUUUUUUUCCAGUCCCUGGUUGAGGAGACGGCCGCAGUGUCUGCCUCCCCUGCAGCAAAGUCAUUUAUUAACUGAUUAAUUAGCCAGAUAAAAUGAGAGCGAAGCAAUUAUUACUCUAAGCAAGUCACCUCGCAGGGAGAUUAAAAAGUGGAAUAAUGAGCAAAAA